CCUUUCACCUUAUGCAUUCUACCAUAUAAUACGUAUCUGAUGAUUAUCAGCCUAGACAGGAAUUCGCUGGCUUCCGUGUAUUUACCGGUCAGAUCAGCACUUAUAGUCUCAAUCAAUCAAUCAGUCAGUCACAGUCUGUAUUAAGUGCAUCGAAAUUUGAAAAUUGGCGCGCUUACCUCUAGACAGACAACUAGCAUCGAUCUCCUCUAUUCCAAACAAGACUGUGUAAUCGCCGGAUUGGGUGCGUAUUAAUUGUGUUUCGGUGUGUAUAGCGAUAUGCUAAAUAUCCGGCGUUGGUAAGAGACAACCUUGAAAUUUACCGACGGAGUCGCGGGGUGUGGAACUCGAGGAACGGGAUCCGGCCAUUCCGGCUCGUUGUAACCCAUCCACAUUGAAGAAACUCAUAUAUCAUGUUCGGACAACAGCCAAACAAGCCGUUUGCUUUCGGUGGUUCAACGUUUGGCCAACCAAACACAGCUUUUGGACAACCUCAAACAUCCGUAUUUGGACAAACGUCAACAUUCGGGUCCCCUGCAACAACGCAACAAAGUGGCGGAUUGUUCGGCAACACACAGCCGUCCGGAGGACUCUUCGGUCAAACAACACCGUCAGCAUUUGGACAGGCACCUCAACAACAACAACAAGCUCCUAACUCAUCAUUUUCUUUCGGAGGCGCCCCUCAGCAAACGGCACAGCCAUCGCUGUUUGGGCAACAGACAGCGCAGCAAAAUGCAGCAACAAACGCAUUCGGUGGUGGAGCCUUUGGAGCUCAGACAAAUAGGCCAGCGUUUGGCAGUUUUGGAACGACAUCCGCUGCCCCCGGCACCUCAACGGCUCCCGGUGGCCUGUUUGGAACACAGGGCACAGCAGUCCCAGGAGGCUUGUUUGGUAACGUGGUGUCCUCAACGACUGGUAGCGGUGUGUUCGGUGGAACGGGCAGCGCUUUUGGGGGCGUUGGCGUUGGGGUCGCGCCUGUCGGCACUACCAUUCCGUUCAAAGUUGUAACGGGCACUGACACCAUGAUGAAGAAUGGCACUACCCAGAAUAUCCAGACCCAACAUCAAUGUAUAUCGUGCAUGAAGGAGUACGAGAACAAAUCCCUCGAGGAGCUGCGUGUCGAGGACUAUAUGGCUAACAGGAAACAUGGCUCCCAGAAUGCCGGGGGCGCAUUUGGCACAACCGCUCAGAAUCCGGCAGGUGCCGGCCUCUUCGGUACUAGCGGUGGUGGAUUCAGCUUUGGUAAUACGGCCACACAAAAUAAACCCCUCUUCGGCAGCGGCACCUCAGGCUUCGGAGCGACAAUCACGCAAACAGCGACCAACGCAUUCGGUACACCAAAUCAAGUUGUUUCAGCGCCAUUUGGAGCCCCCGCGUCAUCCGCGCCAUCAAUUUUCGGGGCAACCACAACGACGACCGGAGGUUUCGGAGGAUUCGGGACGGCGCAAAAGCCAGCAUUUGGAGGCUUCGGCACGACGCCUGCAUCUAGUACCCAGCCUGGAGCCACUGGCGCCUUCGGAGCCGCAAAGCCAUUUGGUGCAACGGGGGGUUUUGGCACAACCGGGACUACACCAUUCGGAGCUCCUGCAACUGGCGUAGGAGCCCAAGCAGGUGUCAAACCUACGGGUCUCGGCUUCGGAGCAGGUCAAACAGGCUUUAGCAUGACGCCGGGAACAUCGACGUUUGGCGCUCCGGUAGCUUCAUCAACAGCGUUUAGCUUCGGGACAACAACAACUACUGCAUCAACUAGCCUGUUUGGUGGGAAGCCAACAACAGCUGGUGGCUUCGGUACUUCAACCCCGUUUUCAUUUGGCAACGCAACAUCUGGGUUCGGUGCUGCUGCAACGCCCACGGUAACUAAGCCUUUCGGAAGCUUUGGGAGCCCGGCACAAAAUACUUUCGGAACUAAUCUCGGAGGAGGUUACAACACUAUGGGAAUGACGUUCGGCCCACCCGCACAAAAUCAACCUGCUCCUAAUCCUCUAGCUCAGUCUCUGGAAAAUAUGCGUGCUCAACAACUUGUGUUAAUGACAUCGAUACCACUCGCUGGCAGCGACUCAUUCUUUAAGGUAGACAUGAAAAAGGACCAACUUCGACCAACAUCUUUAGCUUCGCAGAAAGCUGUCAUCGAGGAUAUUUCCGUCAAGCCACGAACAAUGCCUAUAACCAAGGUGAAAGUGACGCCGGUCAGCCUGGGUUCGAGCAAUAUUAGCAAUUCGUCACUAUUUGCUGGUCUCGAAGACAGCGAUGCGAGUCCGCUAAAAAUACAGAGUCCGAAAAGGUUUACUAUCAAGCCAAAAAGCCCGCCGGAUAACGUACUUAGUCUAUCUUUCUUUGACGUACCACUUAACAGUCCGUUAUCAGAUGCGCGAGGAUCAAGUGCGAACGUAACAUCAGCUGGAAGCGGCGUAGUCAGUGGCGCAGAAGCCGGUCCGUCCUCUACAUGUACACCCCUUAGGGGUUCCACUGGUCUUGAUUCAAGUGGCGGUAGUGGUCGAGAACAAAGAAAAGGCGCAGCUAAUGACACUAUUCGAGAAGAUGAUACCGCGUUAGUUGUUAGAAAUGGUCAUAUGGAACAAACGAUUCUCGGCGCAGAGGCUAACAAGGAGAACGAGAAUCGCGUUGGAAUCACUUUGCGCCGGCCUGGCUACUAUACGAAGCCGCCACUGUCCGCAUUGAGACUUGACGGCGCUGGCCAAUGCUGGGUUGAGGACUUUACAAUUGGCCGUACAGGUUACGGCUCCGUGAUGUUCCCUGGCAGAAUGGACGUGCAUGGGUUAGAUCUCGACAGUACUGUCGUGUUUCGCCGUAAAGAGAUUACUGUUUAUCCUGAUGAGUCAAAAAAACCUGAGCUCGGUCAGGGCCUUAACAGACGGGCCGAGGUAUCACUCGACGACGUUUAUCCGAUUCGAAAGUCGACGACAGAGAAAGAGCUGAUCACAAAUCCAGAAGAACUAAUUGCAUCUGGGUGGAGGCGACGUCUCGAGCUGUACACAGUCAAAAUGGGUGCCAAGUUUCUCGAUUACGAUGAAAACACGGGUCGCUGGUCGUUUCGCGUCGAUCAUUUUAGUCGGUACGGACUUAUCGACGAGUCUGACGACGAAGUAGAAAUGGUUGAAACGAGGCCAUUACCUCAGCAAGCAACGCUGCAGUUACAGCAGCAACAAUACCAGCAACAUCAACACCAGCAGCAAGAUGCUUCAAAUUUAAGAAAAAUUCCUGUAGGAAUAUCCUCCGAGGAGAAGCAGAUUAAGAUAUCAAGCGAUGAGGAUGUAGAUCGCAUGAUGCAUGUGACACUUGCAGCUGACAAUGUGCUACCCACCGACAAUUAUCUCUUUUCGCCUGCGUCGUACCAGAUGUGCCAUUCAAUGCAGCUGAAAGAUGGAGAACUACAGGGUAUGAAGGCUUCGUUGUUUUUGAAUGAGAUGGACGAAGAGGAACGAGAGUUCCGCGAUCCAGCAAAGGGUGAUAUCGUCGACCAGUGGAGUAGCCAACAACAACAACCGUGUCAUCAGGCCUACCCGAUAAAGACGCAACCGAACGCGUGCCUUGUAGACUCGGCGUUGAAACCAAUGAUGGGUGACCGCGAUACCAACGAGACAUUGUUGGGUAAAAGCCCUACGAAGCAGCAGGACGUUGCAUUACGAGCUGAUAGGAUUCAUCAGCCCGUGGGAGUACCUCUUUCGGCUAAAAAAAAUGUUGUAGACAUACACGAUGAAUUUAUAAGUAAGUUUGAUAAGUUUCCCACGAGUCAUACAAACUCCGAUCCAUUGGAAAGAUGCCAAGUCGUCCACACCGCCGCUAGAUUCGAAGUCGAACGGGUACCCGAUGAAGCGUCGAUCUAUUCCUCUAUUGGCGCCAAUAUCUACCCGAAUGAGUUGGCAGGUUUUAAUCGACUACGAAUGCGCCCGUUUCUUCAUCAGUGGACGCUUGCGAGGCUGUCAGAUAAGACUUUAAGCCGUCCUCUUAAUAUUGCAAUGCUUGGCCAUACAUCGGGCGCAUCAUCGGUUUCAUUUGAGAAAGUCAAUUUUCGGGGGUCCACUGAAACUCUAACAGAACUCAUGAGGGUUCAGUUAAAUAACUCUAAUGUGUCAUUCGACUCUAACGGACUCCCGUUAUACGCACCGAAAGUCGGUGUUACGUUACUCCAAGACCACAUACGCCGCCUGGCCGACCAACAGGACCUCCUCGAAACGGAAUUGCUCAACACGCUGAAGCUAUGUGAUGCUCUCUGGGGUGAUAGUGUUCCCGAUUCGACCGACCUCGUUCAAAUGGAGGCUUCCCGCAAGAGAGCGCUCUCUGCAUGGAUUACCGGAGUUAUGGAGGGUGUCGUAGCUCAGGAGGUCGCCUCAUCAGAAAAUCGACUUCAGGCGAUCAUCAGCUUGUUGAGUGGGCAUCAAAUCGCGGCAGCCUGUGACGAGGCUGUUGCGCAGGGCGACUAUAAUCUCGCUACGCUCAUAGCACAGGCUGGUCAUGAUCAGAUAACAAAGCAAAUCGCUAAAAGUAUGUGCCUCCAAUGGAGCGAAUCACAGAACGACCAGAUGAUUGACGCCGAAAGGCUUCGCAUAUACGCACUAUUAUCUGGCUAUCCUAGAUGGACACUGAGUGAUGGCACGGAAGUGAACGUAUGCGCCGGACUUGACUGGUUGCGUUGCUUUGCCCUUCAUCUGUGGUAUUUAUGCCCAUCGAACAUGAGUAUCGCAGAAGUCCUAAGUGAGUACGAACAGGGGGCCCAACAGUAUGCCACCAAUCCCGAAGUGAAAUACGGUCCAGAAGAAAGCGACGUUCAUCAACAUUAUCAGAACCCUUUGCACGUAUGUUUUCAGCUCAUUCGGUUAUUUACCGAUUCGAGCCAGACAGUGGAAAAAAUUUUAUGCCCCGACACCGUUCUUAGCGUACAUUCUCAGUUGGAAUACCGCCAUUGCUGGUUGCUUGGUCUGGUGUUACAAAGCCUUGAAUACCAGGUGCCCUGCGCGGAAGAACUGCACGUGCGCAUAGCUUGCCAACUAGAGGCCCAAGGUUUGUGGCAAUGGGCUGUUUUCGCUCUGCUCCACAUAGGCAAUCCGCAAAGACGACAGAAGUGUGUGUAUGAUCUUAUCUGUCGGCACGCCACUGCCACUGUAGAGCUAUCUGAAAUGGACUGUUUUUUGACUAACACAUUGAAGGUCCCGGCAACAUUGAUCUACAAAGCAAAGGCCCUAUGUGCUAGCUACGAAGGCCGACGCGUCAACCAGACCAAGCUGUUGAUCUUGGCUGAGGAAUUAAAUGAAGCUCAUGAGGUGCUCAGUAAUCAUCUCGCCGUAAAAGCCAUCAUCAACGAACAGUACUCACUGCUUGCAGAUCUGCUACAGAAGUUGAGCACAGGGAGCGUUAAAAUACCCAAUUGGAAUCAACGUGGCAGGGUCUAUCUCAACUAUAUUCAGUUGACAGCCCUCCUAAAAGAAGUUCUUGCCGCCAAGGACGAUGAAAAGGCCAUCGAGCGCAUCAUUUCAGGAACCGACCACACUCUUGAAAGUGUUCUAGCGUCAUUAACGUCAAAAAUCUCACGCCUUCCGAGUGGGACUGCUGAACAGCGUCUUUGCCAAAUCGAAAUGUCAAAAACGACUUUUACCGCAUACAAAACUGUUCUUACAGUAAAAAGCAUGUCAGACCCCCACCUUAAAAACAGCGCAGUCCGUGCUAUAUGCCAGCUGCUCAGAAAACUGGCAUUGCCAGAGGACACAGUUGCGCAGGAAUUUCGGAAACUCUCCGAAGAAUAUCCCGAAUACCUUCCGUAUAUGGAGGUAUGAAAUAAAGUAAAUGACAUAAUUUGCUAAGGCAACGCGCAGCCGAUUCGAGCAAAAACAGGUAUCGACAGCAGUUGGCAAGCGAAUGAAACAUCAUGUUCUGAAACUGUGAACUUUGUAACAAGCUUAUGAAUAGAUAUUCAGUCAAUUUGUCAUUGUGUAUCUGUAUGUAUGGGUGUGGAUGAACAAUAAUAGCGUUAUUGCAGAAAAAACGAAGGAUCUGAAGAUGAAGUCAAAAUAUGUGAAAUAUGUAUUCAAGGGCGGGAGAUGUGUCCUUCGACCUCUUUAGCGUUAGAAUACAUAGGGCCCUCGAUAGACGGUGCGAUAUUGUAUCGAUAACGUGAUUUCGAUGGUAUUAACAAUGCAUUUUUUUUAUAUAACUAAAUACGUGCCACCGUAUAUAAUGACGGCAAGAAAUCUAUACCAGUGGACUACGUGUAGCAUGUUUUCAUUGACUACUGCAGCGGCCAAAAGUGCUGUGGUGUAAACUAAAAAUGCUAGAAAUAAUUUCGGAAAAAAUUAUCUUGUAUAUGAAGAAAUGUAUUUCCACAAAGUGCUGUGUAACGAGUGAAUAAAGUGGAUUUAUUAAAUCUUGUGUUAUUAGAUGA